AUAUCAAUCCCAAAUCCCAAUAAAACAUUUCCCUAAAUACAAAAAAAGUAGUUAAACAUAGUUUAAAUUGAGAGCCCAUCAUCCUUACCAAAGUCCAAAACCGCCCCUCUCUACAAAUAGCAGCAACCGCCUUUCCUCUCUCACUCACCGCUCUUUUUCUUUUUCACUCUCUCCAUACUCUAUAUAUCUUCACAAAUAAUCCAUUUCUGUCAAAAAAUUAUCCAAUUUUCCUUCUUUCUCACUUCAAUUUCUCAAGAGUUUGAGAAAAUUAGAAAAAAAAUAUAUAUAGCAGAAAUGAAGUUUUGAUUAAAAAAAUUAACUUUAACAACCAAAAAAGAAAAAUCCCCACGAAUUUAAUCAACAUAUGUUCAGCUUUUGUGUCAUUUAGAUAGAAAAUAAAAUUUUGCUACAAGACCUGAUUUUUUUUGCCAAAUUCACCACUUCCUAAUUUUGUGUCUCUGUUUUUCUUUUCUUUUUUGUCAUUUUCGUUUAAAAUUUUGAUACACACCAAAAAAAACUUUGAAAGCUUGAAAGAUCUUCAAAAUUUCUUAUAAUUUGAGUAAAAGAGUUUUGGCAGUUUAUUUUGAAGUUUAAAAUUGAGAGAAAGUUUGUUUUCAUUUUUUUUUAUUAAGAAAUGGAUCAGAAGCAGCUACUGAUGUCAGCGGUAGGGGUAGGAAUUGGAGUGGGCGUCGGGCUCGGGCUUGCGUCCGGGCAGACGAUGAGCAAAUGGACGGGAGGCUCGUCGCCGUCGAAUACGAUAACAGCGGAGAGAAUGGAGCAGGAAUUGCUAAGGAUGGUGAUCGAUGGAAGGGAUGCUAAGGUCACUUUUGAUGAGUUCCCUUACUAUCUUAGUGAGCAAACAAGGGUUCUGUUAACAAGUGCUGCUUGUUUCUAUCUGAGGAAAGGUGACUUUUCAAAGUAUACUCGAAAUCUGUCUCCAGCAAGCCGGGCUAUUUUACUCUCAGGCCCUGCUGAAAUUUAUCAGCAAAUGCUUGCAAAGGCUCUAGCACAUUUUUUUGAGGCAAAGUUACUGUUAUUGGAUGUCACUGACUUUGUACUGAAGAUUCAAAGCAAAUUUGGUGUCAAUAAUGAAUCUUCCUUCAAAAGGUCCACCUCGGAGACUACAUUGGAGCGCCUUUCAGGUCUACUUGGGUCUUUUUCUAUACUGCCAGCAAAGGAAGAGCCCAAAGGUACCUUGCGUCGUCAGGGAAGCGGGGUGGACAAUCUGAGGAAUAUGGAUGGCUUUUCUAAUGCUCCUAAGCUUCGCAGGAAUGCUUCUGCCUCUGCCAAUAUUAAUGAUUUACCUUUGCAAGGCUCUCCUACAAAUUCAGCUCCCCUUAAGCGGACAAGUAGCUGGUCUGUUGAUGAAAAGCUACUCAUCCAAUCACUUUACAAGGUCAUGGUCUCUGUAUCUCGAACUUAUCCAAUCAUUUUGUAUUUGAGAGAUGUUGACAUGCUAUUGUUCAGAUCUCAAAAGCUAUAUAGACUGUUUCAGAAAAUGUUACAGAAACUUUCAGGACCGGUACUCAUACUAGGUUCACGGAUAACACAUCCAGACAGCAAUGACAAUGAGAUUGAUGAAAUGCUAAUCGAUGUAUUUCCUUAUAACAUUGAAAUCAAGCCACCUGAAGAUGAAACCCGUCUAGUCAGUUGGAAGUCUCAAUUGGAGGUUGACUUGAAGAUGAUUCAGGGUCAGGAUAACAGAAACCACAUAAAUGAAGUUCUAGCUGCAAACGAUGUUGAAUGUGAUGAUCUCGGUUCCAUAAAUGUGGAAGAUGCCUUGGUUAUCAGCAAAUACAUUGAAGAAAUUGUAGUAUCAGCAAUAUCUUACCAUCUGAUGAAUAAUAAGCAUGAAUAUAGGAACGGGAAACUCCUGAUUUCAUCCCAGAGUUUGUCCCAUGGACUGAACGUGUUUCAGGAACGUAAAUCAUUUGGUAAAGAUACAUCAAAGCUGGAAUCACGUGCCGGGUCUUCUAAGGGAGCACGUGGAGAUGUUAAGCCAGAAACUAAAGCUGAAGAUGCAGCUCCAGAAAAGAAAGGUAGUGAAGAAGCUUCUGUGCCAAUGUCAAAGGAUGCAGAUAACGAGGCUGCAAGUCCAAAGAUCCCUGAAGUACUACCAGACAAUGAGUUCGAGAGGCGGAUAAGGCCAGAAGUCAUUCUUGCUAGUGAGAUUUCCGUGUCAUUUGCUGAUAUCGGCGCUCUAGAUGAAACAAAGGAGUCACUGCAGGAACUAGUGAUGCUCCCACUACGUAGACCAGAUUUGUUUAAGGGAGGACUUCUGAAACCUUGUCGAGGAAUUUUGCUUUUUGGGCCUCCUGGUACUGGCAAGACCAUGCUGGCUAAGGCUAUAGCCAAAGAAGCCGGAGCAAGUUUUAUUAACGUAUCUAUGUCUACCAUCACGUCGAAAUGGUUUGGAGAAGAUGAAAAGAAUGUUAGGGCGUUGUUCAGCCUUGCAGCUAAAGUUUCCCCAACAAUUAUAUUUGUAGAUGAAGUUGAUAGUAUGCUUGGACAAAGGACCAGGGUUGGUGAGCAUGAAGCUAUGAGAAAGAUAAAGAACGAGUUUAUGACACAUUGGGAUGGGCUUGCUACCAAACAAGGUGAGAAAAUCCUUGUUCUUGCUGCAACCAAUAGGCCAUUUGACCUUGAUGAAGCUAUUAUACGGCGUUUUGAACGAAGGAUAAUGGUGGGACUCCCAUCAGCAGAGAACAGAGAGAAUAUCUUGAGAACUUUUUUGUCUAAAGAGAAGGUUCAAGAAGGACUAGAUUUCAAGGAGAUUGCAAUUAUGACAGAAGGAUAUAGCGGUAGUGAUCUCAAGAAUCUCUGUACCACUGCUGCUUAUCGACCUGUUAGGGAGUUAAUACAGCAAGAGAGAGUGAAAGAUAUGGAGGAAAAACAGGAAUCAGAACAAAACCAAAGUUCGAAUGGUUCACAGAAGAAGGAAGGCGUUAAGGAGAGAGUAAUUUCCUUGAGGCCUUUAAACCUGGAAGAUUUUAAGCAGGCUAAGAACCAGGUUGCUGCUAGCUUUUCAUCCGCAGGAGCAAUAAUGAGCGAGCUGAAGCAGUGGAAUGAGCUUUAUGGGGAAGGAGGGUCGAGGAAAAAGGAGCAGCUUACAUACUUCUUAUGAUCUGGGAAAGGUACUUCCUCUAUGGUAACAAGGAUAAAUGGUGGAAAGAUCAGGGAAAUUGUUUUAGCUGUCAGAGAAUUCAGAUCGUUUUAAGCUUUGCUUGCUCAAAAUUUGGAUGCAGUCUUUGUAGACCACUCUUCUUGUUGAGCUGUUUCGAGUUUGUCAAGUCGUUUUGAAUUGCAACUCCGGCCAAAGUUGUCUGUGGAGUGUGGACAUAUAAUUGUAAGAAACUAACUGUGCAUUAGCCCUGUAGGGGCUUUGUUUUGUUGAAUACCCAACUGUUAGCUAAAUAUAUAAUUGGAACAAUUUACCUGGAUUUUUCUUUUGUAUUCUCACCAGGAUUUCCAACACCAACCUCUUUUGUUAACUCGUUUUUCUAUGAAAACAUUGAUUAAUAAAGAUAAUGUUGAAAGCGCUCAA